AAUCCAGCUCAAAAGUGUCUAUGUUGUGGGAGUUCCCUGAGGCCGCUGAGGUCGUUCGUGUCUGUUGAACGGCUGUGGGAGUCUUGCUGCCUUGGGUAGGGGGUUAAAAUCGUUCUUGAGAGGAACGUCUCUGUGCGAAGAGAUAAUGAGUUUAGCUCUGAGAAGUGAGCUUGUAGUGGACAAAAAGAGGAAAAAAAGAAGAGAACUGUCUGAGGAACAAAAACAAGAAAUUAAAGAUGCUUUUGAACUAUUUGAUACAGACAAAGAUGAAGCAAUAGAUUAUCAUGAAUUAAAGGUGGCAAUGAGAGCCUUGGGGUUUGAUGUAAAAAAAGCUGAUGUACUGAAGAUUCUUAAAGAUUAUGACAGAGAAGCCACAGGGAAAAUCACCUUUGAAGAUUUUAAUGAAGUUGUGACAGACUGGAUAUUGGAAAGAGAUCCCCAUGAAGAAAUACUCAAGGCAUUUAAACUAUUUGAUGAUGAUGAUUCAGGUAAAAUAAGCUUGAGGAAUUUGCGACGUGUUGCUAGAGAAUUGGGUGAAAACAUGAGUGAUGAAGAACUUCGAGCUAUGAUAGAAGAAUUUGACAAAGAUGGUGAUGGAGAAAUUCUUAAGAACAUACUCUUGCUUCCUAUUUGGUCUAGAUGCCUCAGUCUAAGUCGGGAGUUCUUCAGUGCAGUAAACCAAGAGGAGUUCAUUGCUAUUAUGACUGGUGACAUUUAAAGAAUUACAAGGAUAAACACUAAGAAUGUUGCAGUUACCAUCUUAUAUUCUAUUUUUGUGCCUGGAGCCAUGUGAAAAAAACCAGCUUAGUUCUUUUAUCCUAAAGGACCAAAAAUAAGCAUCUUGUGUAUUUGUAUUUUACUACUGUUAAGUUUCUUUGUAUGAACUGUGUUGUUAGUACUCAGAUAGUUUAGCUUUGUAUUUAUAAUAGAGCUUUUAUAUAAAGUUUUUAAAAAUUGAAUAUGUGAUAUGUGUUCUUUGAAGGUUUUUUAAUUUAACAUUAAUAAUCGCUUUUAUUUUGGUGCACACGUUUUCCAGACUUUCGUUAAUAAAAUACUUAUUUUAUUAGAAUUUUAAA